UAGACAAGAGAGUGUUCAGCGAAAGUGAGGGACAGUCAGUGAUCCAGAAAGCUGUUGUAUCAUGAGUGUCUCUGCUCUGAGCCCCACCAGAUUUCCAGGAAGCAUCUUUGGCUUCCUCCAAGUAGCCUUUGUGCUUAGCCUGCUCCUGCUGCUCUUCAAGAUGGUCCAUUUCUACGUGCGCAGGCAAUGGCUACUCAAACAUACUCAGCAGUUCCCAUCCCCACCUUCCCACUGGUUCUUUGGGCACAAGAUCCCCAAGGACCAGGAGCUUCAAGAUAUUCUAUCACGGGUAAAGAAAUUCCCAAGUGCCUGCCCACAGUGGCUUUGGGGGACCAAACUGCGCUUCCAAGUGUAUGACCCUGAUUACAUGAAAGUGAUUCUGGGGAGAUCAGACCCAAAAGCUCAUGGUUCUUACAGAUUUCUAGCUCCUUGGAUUGGGUAUGGUUUGCUUCUGUUGAAUGGAGAGACAUGGUUCCAGCACCGAAGAAUGUUGACUCCAGCUUUCCACUAUGAUAUCCUGAGGCCUUAUGUGAGAAUCAUGGCAGAUUCUGUUCAUGUAAUGCUGGAUAAAUGGGAACAGAUUGUUGGCCAGGAUUCUACCCUGGAGAUCUUUCAACACAUCUCCUUGAUGACCUUGGACACCAUCAUGAAGUGUGCCUUCAGUCAUGAGGGUAGUGUCCAGUUGGAUAAAAAAUACCAGUCCUAUAUCCAAGCAGUUGGGGACUUGAACAAUCUCUUUUUUUUCCGUGUGAGGAACAUCUUUCACCAGAAUGACACCAUCUACAGCCUGUCCUCUAAUGGUCGCCAAGCCAUCAAUGCCUACCGACUUGCCCAUGACCACACAGAUCAAGUGAUCAAAUCAAGGAAGGCUCAGCUACAAGAUGAGGGAGAACUGGAGAAGGCUAAAAAGAAAAGGCGAUUGGAUUUUCUGGACAUCCUCCUGUUCGCCAGAAUGGAAAAUGGCAGCAUCUUAUCUGAUAAGGACCUGCGUGCUGAAGUGGAUACAUUCAUGUUUGAAGGCCAUGACACCACAGCCAGUGGUAUCUCGUGGAUCUUCUAUGCUUUGGCCACUCACCCUGAACACCAGAAGAGAUGCAGGGAGGAGGUUCAGAGUCUUCUAGGAGAUGGAGCUUCUAUCACCUGGGAGCACCUGGACCAGAUGUCCUACACCACCAUGUGCAUCAAGGAGGCCCUGAGGCUCUACCCACCAGUACCAGGUGUGAGCAGAGAUCUCAGCACACCUGUCACCUUCCCAGAUGGACGCUCUUUACCCAAAGGUAUCUCAGUCCUGCUCUCCUUUUAUGGCCUCCAUCAUAACCCAACUGUGUGGCCAAACCCAGAGGUAUUUGACCCCUUUCGAUUUGCACCGGAGUCUUCCCGACACAGUCACUCAUUCCUGCCCUUCUCAGGAGGAGCAAGGAACUGCAUUGGGAAACAGUUUGCCAUGAAUGAGCUGAAGGUGGCUGUGGCCCUGACCCUGCUCCGCUUUGAGCUGCUACCAGAUCUCACCAGGAUCCCCAUCCCUAUACCAAGACUUGUGUUGAAGUCCAAGAAUGGGAUUCAUCUUCGUCUCAGAAAGCUCCAAUAAUCGUCUCAGGAUAACGACAGCUCCAAUAGCAAGCUGCCUGCCAUCUUGUCUUCCUGUCACUCACUCUUGUCCCAGCCCAUCUGUUCAUAGCCCUUUCUUCUCUCCUUAUUCAUCUCCUUCUGUGUGCUUCCUGUCUCUUUGUCUGUCGGUCUUUCUUCCUUACCUUCUUCCAGAAUUGCUACCUGCUUUUCUCUCUACCUGUCUCUCUACCUGAAUGCAUGUCUGACCUCCUUUCACCUUAAUAAGUUCCCUGAUUUUCAUACUUCCUGCUCUUCUGGGUCUUUCUUUCCUUUCUGCUGCUUGUCUGUCCUUGAAUGAGCUUUAUACUGAUGCUGUAAAUAAUUACAACAGGAAUAUGUGCUCUUACACUUCUAAAUAUUAGACAUUUUACAUGAUUUCACUGGGAUGAAGCUAGCCCCUCAGCUAUUGCCAUGCCUCCUCUGUUUUUCUUUUACAUAAUCUAGAGCUGCAUUCCUGGGUUUCAAGAGCCUUCCUAAGAAUGAAAAUCUGACACCAU